AUGAACUUCGCAAAGCUGGGGUGCCUAUUCCUGAUGGUGCCGGCCAGAAGAAAAGCUACAGCAUCAAGCCCCCACCCAAUGCCCGUAUGGAUGAUGUGGCUAGCCUCGGAAUCUUGUGGAGCAUUGACCAGAUCUACGUCACGAAGGUCUUGGAUGCCAGCAGCGCCCCCACAGGCCUGGCAGCCAACAAGAAAGGUGGGUGCACCAUCAGUGUCCGCAAACGUGGUGGAUGGGUUGACAGCUAUCAGAUCGGCCAGAAGAUGGCUGGCUGGAUCUAGGAGGGUUCAUUUUAGCAUUUCAAUUUUGAUUUGA